AUAUGUUAUCUAUUUGGACUUCCGGGGUUCUGCUGAACGUGCAGCGACAGUAGCAUGAUGACCCUAAUUAAGCGUUACCGCUAUCUUGACGGCGUCUCAGUUUUACUGCCUGUGGUUUCGGCACUCUUCCGUGAGCCCGAGCUUCUGAAGAACCACGAACCUAGCUCUAUAAUGUAGUGCUGCAAAACUUCAGUUUUUCUAGAGAUCUUUGCGAUAUAGUAAUGCUUAAACCAGCUGGCUUCACUUCGAGCAUGACCCAGUUCUACCGCACGAAAAGGUAAAAUAUAAUGCGCAGAAAGACUAAAGUCGGUACGCGAAAGUUGCUCCUCAAAGUAUAUCUUUCUUUCUGUGUUAUAUCUUCUGCAAAAGGCGGUGUAAUUCAUUAUUAAAAGUCGAGAAAUUUAAAAAAAAAUUGACCGUAUUUUCGUUAGCUGUGCGCUUCCUCUUCCUCAAGCUUCGUAAUCCCAGCGCGUGACAGCCAUCGAUCGACAAUAAGAAGAAAGAGGACCACGAGGUAUCGGUCGACCGCACCGCGUUCUCUCGAUUUGUUCGCUGGAAAGCCCUUCUCUUGGACACGUCGUACCCAUCGGGUUCGUCACGAACGAGACAACUUCGUCGCCCGGAUGGAACGCGGAACUGAACCGGGCCCGGGUGGAGCCGCCUCGAGCAGCAAGUCCUCCCAGCCCGCCGCUUCCCGGAACCAGUCCGCGGACGGCGUCGACGCUGGGCGGGACUCCACAGCAUCCAUACCAGUAGUGCGCGCCCUGGACCCGCCGCCGAAGAGACCAAGCGUCCCUCCUCGAGGCAGCCAUACGGAGGUCGAUGUUCCGGCUGCUUCCGACGCCCACGCAAGAACACGAGCCUCCGUAGAAACCGCAACUGAGGAUCACGCUUUAGUUGCGUCUUCUUCGCGUAGAACCAGCUCGGCGGCCACAGCGGCUCCCGCAGCCGGCUCCGACGCAAGGCAGCCUCCCACCGAGCCCCCUGCUGCCGCCGAAGCGCACCUCUUAAGCACGCGAUCGAAGACAACUGCGCUGGGCGGAGAUGCGGACGUCGUGCCUCCGCCCGUGCGCCGCUCAUCGCGAAGCAAGAAGCGGCGGCGAAGAAGCGGCUCGAAGUCGUCGAACACUGGCUCCGAGAGAGAUCCUUCGGGCGCAGCACCGACCGCCGGGUUCACCUUGCCGCUGAAGGCGUCGGUAAUCGCCCACUUCGCGCCGGUCGUCAACGACUUAGCCGCCAAAAUCGUCGCGCUGUACGGCGGGAACGAUGCCACCGCUGGAACUUCGGUCGACACUGCGUCCGCCAGGCAUCAGCGCUGGUCUUUGUCCGUGUUGGCGCCGGAUGACUCGGCGGGGCCCGCGGACAAGGCAACGGCUGACGCACCGAAAAACGGGGACGACACGGCGGCCGUCGCACCGUCAAGUUCCCAAGGCCAACGAGUAGUCCAUCCUGACGUGCAAGCGGAUGCCGGCGCUGUCAUCCUCGAUGACCGUGACGCGGCAGUUGGUCCGCUGGAGCAGAAACAAGCCGACGCAGCGGGCCCCACGACGGACGCACAAAAAGACCAGAUAGUCUUGCCGUGGUCGGCCAGAGAGGACAAGGACACUGACACGGCGGGACAGGACAAGCUUGCAGCACAUUCAGGGGCGCCCUGGAUUGCCGUGCCGAAGAAGGAACCAGUCCAACAGGGCCCGCCAGCUGUGUCCGCUGCGGCGACAGCGCCGUUGUCUCCGCGGCAGCCGUUGGUUCAUGGACAGGCAAGCGACGGAACUCCCAAGCGUCGGAAAGGGGCCGCUCAGAACAAAGAGGCGGAGAGCAGCGAGGUUUCCUCGCACGGGGCGCGGAGGAGUGUCGUCGGGUCCCCGAGCCAAUGGUCCUUCUACCCUCUCAACGUGACCUUCCUGACGGAGAUGGACACCAACCAAGAACGCUUGCUGUGUGGCGGCGUGAUCUGCUCCACCGCAGUCGUCUGCUCCGUGCUGUUGGGCGCCGUGAUCGCUCUGAUGUACAGCAGCGGAGCGACGUCCCCGCUCGCCUGCGUGACGCCCCAGUGCAUCGCAGCGCGUGAUUACCUGACCGGCCUGCUCAACACCAGCAGGGACGCAUGCAACGAUUUCUACGGCUACGUGUGCAGCUCGUGGAUCGUGCAGGGCCGAGACGGCGGGAGCUUCCGUGCGGACAGCAUCGCGGCUACGCUCGUCAAGAUCAACGAUCACCUCUGGCGCAGGGAGGACGCAGAUGAUGAUCCGACGGAACUGCGCCUGAUGCGCCGCGUCUACCAGAAGUGUCACAGCUACGCCGGCGACUCGCGCAUUGACCGUUCGUUCAACGAGACGCUCGAGUCCGCUCGCAAGCAGCUGAACUGGGCCCCGAUCCGCCGCAGCCGCGUGUACCGCGAUCUCGUCGGGUUGCUGGUGCGCACGUCGCUGCUCCUCGGAUUCCACACGGUCGUGGCCAUCCAACUGCUCGGCGAGGACAGGCGCGUCCUCCUGCGCCUCUCGUGCGGACAGUCGCUGCUCCGGAAGCUCACGACCACCGGCGAGCGGUGGGACCUGGAGGCCGCCCUGCGAGCCGUGUACCACGACGCCGGUGAGCUGUCCAAGAUACUGGCGGUCGACCGAAGCGUGAGCGGCCACCUCGAACGCUGCGCGGGAAGUGCGGGGCAACGCGACGUCACCAGGACCCUGGACGAGAUUCUGGACGACCUCGUUCCCGGCGUCAACGCGACCGAAUGGGUCUCGGUGGUUGACGAAGUCCUCGCGGAUUCCGGAUACAACGGGUCGGUUGCUGGUUGACUGAGACGGAGAGGCGCCAAAUUUUUGCUCGUUGUUAGCCGCCUGUAUGAACUCCCCCCCCCCCCCCCCCCUCGUGCCAUGGACGAACAGGCACGUCCGCGCGUUUCUUGUUAAAAAAAAAACGGCGAAUGAUGAGCUCAGCUCGUAGACGAUAUUUUUCAUAGCAAUUUUUUUACGUCAGACAUUUUCCUUUUAUUGCUUUGUUAUAGUGCUGUUACACCUAACUUUCGUAAUGAAUCGGUGCGUCAUGACGUGACGACACUUAAGCCUCCCGGGAAACAAAACCGAAACUGGUUCGUGUAAAUGUUUAAAAUAUUUAAAGCGCUGUGCACUUGGCAUUCUUUCUUUUCUUUAGGGUGUCGAGGUCCAGGACCAUCACUUAAGGCAAACGGAACAGUUUAGUGCUUGUUAUCGAAUAGAAUAUAAUGCAUCAGACUUGUACUGUACAGACCUCAGAACUCAGAAUGGGUCGUGGCAAUGGCCCCUUAUGUUAUAUAGUGUUGAGUAAGAAAUUGGUGUACCAAACUCGGAUAAGUGUGUGAAUAAACAGCAACAGUUUGAAAUUAUACAGUAGGUUGGAAAAAUUACUUAUACAGAAUAUAACUGAACAGAGAGAACAAAGGCUGCAUAAAAAAUGUGUUUGUCAAAACGUAAAAAAAAGCCGAUCUUCCACUCUUAAUACGCACACUCCAUAUUGCUUAUUUAGUAUGUCUAUGUGCAAAUAAGCGUUGUCACUAUAUUUUAUAGGAAUUUAAGAAUUGUGAAAGAAAUACUGGCGCAUUGAAUUAGAAAUGUACUGAAUGGGUGAUGAUGAAGUCGUGUCACCAGGGAGUGUGUUACUGAGUUUAGCCACACUGCUUGCGAAUGGGAACGCUCCGUAAUUUGCAAGUGCACGAGAAACAGCUUACAACGCAAAUGAGAAGGAUCUUGGGAUCUCGUUGGCAAAAAAAAAUGUAUUGAGAAAUAAAUGUUUAGGAAAAAAAAGCGAGAAGUCGAAAACGUCGUCAUCACUGCUCGUUUACCAACGCUGCGAAGCAGUUCCC